UACCAGCGCUCGUGAGUAUCUGAGCACUUGUGCAUUACCUUAUUUUCUACCAAAGAACACAUGAAGGUUCUCGGUCUCUUACUUUUGUUGGCGUUGUCUUCAACGUCGCAGGUUUUGGAGGGCCAGGAUCCACUCGAAAACCACGACGACCCGGUUCAUCCUGUUCUCCUUCGGCUCACUAUUCCCCCCUUCAAUGUCAACUCUUUCAUCGACUCCCUUUUGGUGAAGCUCAGUAAUGACAUCCCAAGCGCAGCGAAAAUUAAAGACAUUCAUUCCAAAUACGCCUAUGGUUGCACCCUGUACUAUGACAAAGGUGUCCAACGUGUUGGCGACGCCGUUUUCGAAGUCAAGGGUAACCAAAUUUUCUUCGGAUUUGGACUUUCUACCAACAGGAUCACGGUUAAAUGCAGGUGGUCAAAAAGGUUCCUUUUCGUCAAGCUGAAGGGCACAGUGAAGGCUUCCACAGACAGAGUGAGCGUGAGAGCCAGAGUGGUCAUGAAUCUAUCAGAAACUCCUAAGGCAACACUCUUAGAAUUCAAAGUAACUGAGCUCGCACCUAUCAAAACUGGCGUGACUGGGCUAUGGAUCGCCAACUCAUUCGCUGAGAAAUAUCUCAACAAAAAAGUCAAUGGCGCUCGCGACAAGAUCAUUAACCAACUGGAAAGUAGCGUGUCCACGAGUCUUCAAAAAGAGCUUGAUAAGCUCAAGCUCCCGUUCAGUUUGGAUGGAUGAAAACAAGAGAAUGGAGACUGUGAAACUCAAAAUCGUUAGGAUUCAAGUUAUUUCCAGGGAAGUUUAAGAAAGUAAUAAUCCUCUGUCAAGAAAUACCAUCUGAAAUAAACAGGUUGGAUUUUACAAAUAAUCAUGAGACAAAAAAAAUAAAUUGUAGCACUUU